AUGGAUGGCGUACGGAUAUACGAGAUACAGUUAAGAGAGUUCAGUUGGUCGCUUGUCGGUGGUGCCGUCUUAGGAAUUAUUCUUCGGACAUCUAGAGAAACAAAAUGGCCGGCAAGAGAAAUUAUGUAUGUUCAAUACAUCGGAGAUUUGUUUCUUCGAAUGUUAAAAUCGUUGAUUUUACCACUAAUUGUUGCAUCUCUAGUCUCCGCUAUCGGUAGUUUGGAUUUAAGUCUUUCCGGUAGAAUAGGUGGACGAGCCGUGUUUUUUUACAUGACGACAACCAUGAUUGCGGUCGUGGAAGGUAUCAUAUUGGUCAUUGCAAUACAUCCCGGUCAGGGUGAUUCUUCGUCGAUCGUGAGGGCUGGAUCUUCGAGAAAUGUCACGACGGCCGACACUCUUAUGGACCUCGUUAGAAACAUGUUCCCGCCGAAUUUAGUUCAGGCAUGCAUAUCUCAAUACAGAACAGUAUUAAAACCUCAAACUUUGCCCAACGGCACUCUAGCACCUAUCAUGGAAUGGGAAAUAUCUCACGAAUACGCUGACGGAACCAACAUUCUCGGUUUGGUUGUAUUUUCAACCGUUUUAGGAAUCACCCUUGGAAAAAUGGGUAAAGAAGGUUCGCCUCUUCUAAAUUUCUUCAGCUGUCUCGGACAUUGCAUGAUGAUAAUUACCGGAUGGGUCAUUUGGGUCUCGCCGAUCGGAGUCUUCUUUUUAGUGUCGUCAAAAAUUUUAGAAAUGGAAAGUUUCGAAGUCAUCAUCGGUCAAUUGGGAAUGUACUUCAUGACGGUUUUGGUCGGACUCUUGGUUCACGGUUUCGUCAUCCUACCCACAAUUUUUUCAAUCGUCACGAGAACUCUUCCUUUCCGCUACAUCGGAAACAUGGGAGAGGCUCUUGCGACUGCUUUCGGAACUGCCUCUAGCUCGGCGACCCUACCCAUUGCCAUCGGUUGUUUGGAAGACAAAAACGGAGUUGAUCCGCGUGUCGCGAGAUUCGUCAUGCCCAUAGGAGCGACCAUAAACAUGGACGGCACCGCUUUGUACGAAGCCGUUGCCGCUUUGUUUAUCUCGCAAGUUCGAGGUAUUUCUCUUUCUUUGGGUCAAGUUAUCGCUGUGUCUAUAACGGCAACUGCCGCGAGUAUAGGCGCAGCCGGAAUACCCCAAGCUGGCUUGGUAACGAUGGUUAUGGUUUUGGACACCGUGGGACUCCCCGCCGAAGACGUAACACUAAUUAUUGCUUGUGAUUGGCUUCUCGAUAGAUUUAGAACGACUAUUAACGUAUUAGGUGACUCUCUCGGAGCGGGUAUAGUGAACCAUUUAAGUAAAGGAGAACUUCGUAAACACCCUAUACCCCCGGGAAUGCUUGACGCCGAUGCUCAGAAUGGAAAACUCGGAGCCGAUCAAGAUGAUGAUAAUUAA